UUCACUCUUCCUGGUUUCUUCGGGCUGUCGCUGCGUUCCGCCGAGCGGUUUGUCAAACAAGUCCAAAGUUGUCCAGGAUGAACCCAGGCGGCGGGGAAACGGCAGCUCGGCGAAGUGUGCGCACCGUGUUGAACCCCGUUUUACAGAAUGACGAACAAGACGCGCUGUUGUUUUAUUUUAUUUUUAUUUUAUCGCGGCGGUGACUGAACGGGCUAAGCUAGCUGCUGCUGCUGCUAACGUUUGUUAGCAGGCGGCGGUAACUGUUAGUUUGAAUCGUUCGCAAAACUCGGUUUAAGUUUGAGCAGAGACGACGGGAAGGAGCCGGUAAACACACGGGAGGACAACAUGGAGAACAAGGACAAAGUGCAGAUGAGGAAUCACCCUCGGAGACAGCAGCUGAAGAAGCUGAGCGAGGACAGUCUCACUAAGCAGCCAGAGGAAGUCUUUGAUGUCCUGGAGAAGCUGGGUGAAGGGUCGUACGGCUGUGUGUUUAAAGCCAAUUAUAAAGAGACGGGCGAGAUCGUGGCCAUCAAACAGGUUCCUGUGGAGUCUGAUCUUCAGGAGAUCAUUAAGGAAAUCUCCAUCAUGCAGCAGUGUAACAGUCCUCAUGUCGUGAGGUACUACGGCAGCUACUUCAAAAACAGUGACCUGUGGAUCGUCAUGGAAUAUUGUGGAGCCGGAUCAGUGUCUGAUAUCAUUCGAAUACGCAACAAGACGCUAACAGAAGAGGAGAUCGCCACCAUCUUGCAGUCGACUCUGAAGGGUCUGGAGUAUCUUCACUUCAUGAGGAAGAUCCACAGAGACAUCAAAGCAGGAAACAUCCUGCUGAACACGGAGGGUCAGGCCAAACUGGCCGACUUCGGAGUUGCUGGGCAACUCACAGACACCAUGGCGAAGAGAAACACUGUCAUCGGCACGCCGUUCUGGAUGGCUCCAGAGGUCAUACAGGAGAUCGGCUACAACUGCGUGGCUGACAUCUGGUCUCUGGGGAUAACGGCUAUAGAGAUGGCUGAGGGGAAGCCGCCCUAUGCCGACAUACACCCCAUGAGGGCGAUCUUCAUGAUUCCCACCAACCCUCCUCCGACGUUUCGUAACCCAGGCCUGUGGUCUCAGGCAUUUAGAGAGUUUGUCAGCCAGUGUUUGGUGAAAAACCCAGAACACAGGGCGACUGCCACACAGCUGUUACAGCAUCCAUUCAUCAAGUCAGCCAAGCCCAACUCCAUCCUCAGAGCCCUGAUCACAGACGCCAUGGAGAUCAAACUGAAGAGACAAGAGGAGGCAGAGCAGAGAGAACAGGACGCAGAAGAUGACGACAAUUCGGAUGAGGAUGAGACUGACCAGGGGACGAUGGUUCGGGCGGGGACAGGAGACUCGGGAACCAUCCGGGCCGCCGGUUCAAUCGGCAGCACGGCGCGGACCAUGAUCGAACACGAGGACACGGGGACCAUGCAGUUGCAGCUGGGCACCAUGGUCAUCAACUCUGAUGAUGAGGACGAGGAGGAAGCCGGAACAAUGAAAAGGAGAGAUGAGACGAUGCAGCCGGCCAAGCCGUCCUUCCUGGAGUACUUUGAGCAGAAGGAGAAGGAGGCCAACAGUCACAACGACGGAGGAGGGAAAGGAGAAAACAACGCAGACAACCGCAAACUGGCCGGAGAAGGAGAUCUGGAACUGGUGAGUACGUGGUCGGUGGAGGAACUGCGGCUGAGACUCGCCUCUCUGGACCCUCAGAUGGAGCAGGAGAUCGAGGAGAUCCGUCAGCGCUACCAGGCCAAGAGACAGCCCAUCAUGGACGCCAUCGAGGCCAAAAAACGACGGCAGCAGAACUUCUGAGAAGGAGCUGCUGAGCUCCUCACAGCAGCAGCUGGAUGUUUCAUGUUUUUCUGCAGCAGGUUAGUGAAAUGACACUCGGACGGCGCUGAGGUUUCCUUCUCCUAAUAACUGGUCAUGAGAUGAUACAGUUGGAUGUGACUGAAAACUAAACCUCUGAUGAUCAAACUGCUGAGUCUGUCGGAAGAACUUUCAAAGAGCUGUUGACAUGAGGUCCAUGUUUCCUUCUGUUCUGCCUUUUUGAGAUUGUGUUUGUGUUUCUGGUUUUACCCGUUUAAGAAACAACAACAGAGAAAAUCUCAUUUUGAUAUCAUCAUCAGCUGAUCUGGAUUCGCAAGUUUCUCUCUGCUUCUUUUUUUUCUAGCUUGGUUCACUGUUGUCUUAAACCACGGUGAUGAUUGUUAAGAAGCCCUGCAGAUCUCUUCAUCUCUUAGUUUACUCCAUCCUGUGGUACAGUAUCAUUUUAACCGCUGACUGUUCAGCUUAGGUACUCUUCAUUUAAUCCCUCCACUGUUUCCUGUCAUUGUCUGUGAACCGUGACGCUGCUGGACUCUUCAGUGUUUCCGGUCUGGACUGUCAAAGUCUAGAAAUGAAUCAUUCCCUGCUAAAGGCUGAAAAUAUGAGGAGGAUAAUGUCAGUUAAUGUCAGUACGAAGCUGCAUUUUCUAAACACAGAUCAAAGUUUAAAAACCUUUUUGAAUCAUAAAUGUGAACAAACCAUGAACAUAUUGAUGAUUUGGCGUGUGAGCAGUGCUGUACGUGUUUUUUUCCACCCAGCUUACGUUCAUCAGGUUCUUCUCUGAAAAACUUUCAAGUUGCUCGUUUUCGGUACAGGUUCUUCUGUUUUUGCUCUGACAUGUAAGGAGACAGAGUAAUGGGGUUUUAUCAGUGUAGACUAUGGUAUGAUUAACGCACAACAGUCAAUGUAAGACUGUUUUUUCCUAAUAAUGUUUUACAAAGGCAGCUGGUGGAGAUCAAUACUUAACUUUUUAACCGAGCUCCCUCUUUACAACAAGACUGUUAAAGACAGAUGUACAGGCUUUGUUCAGACUGCAGGUGAAUCAGAUUUGUUUCUCAAAAACCUCCCUUCCUACCUGCGGGGGCGUCAGUAACGUAGCUGCGUCACUUUGGAUUUAAUGUUGUCGUCUGUUGCGAGUGACUCAAAAGACACUCAGAAAUGUGAUUGGAGCAGAGACACAUCUGUAGAGAUUUGAUUGGAAUCAUAUUUCAGUCCAGCUCCAAAUAUGGUUUGGACCAUGUGGGUUUUUUGUUGUCCAGACUUUCUGACAUCAAUCUGGAUAUGUCUAAAAACCAGGUUUGGGCUGGCAGGCUGAGCAAGGCCACAGGAUCCACAGAUUGCAGUCACUGUAAAAUAAUUUGAUCCUGAAAUGUGAGGAGCUCUGUGUCUGACACGUUUUUGUUUUUUGGAUUGUUGACACAGCAGCUCCCGACUGGAUACUUCAUCCACCAGCCUGCCAGUCAAACUGAGUUUAAUAUGUUUAUCUCAAGCUGGAGUUUUCAUUUACUGAUUGUUGGAAAAGUUAUACGCAGCAGAAUGUUUGAAAGGAAAGAGGAUUUAAUCAGAUUAUAACUCCUCCCUCUGUGUAACCACCAGCGCCCUCCUCAGAGUUUGGGUUUUUAUUUGUGUCCAGCAUCUAUUUCUUCUCCUAAGUCCACUUAAAAAAAGACCUGGGUCGACAGAUUUAUGGAACAGGUUCAACAAAGCUUUUAUUCCCUGGAUUUAUUAGUUUAAUCUGGCACAGUGGACUCACUGAGAUUGAGUCCUUCUUUAAGAAAAUAAAAACAGAAAGAAAAAAGUGCCAAGAAGCUGCAGACUUGAGCUGGCGUCGACCCAGCUCUGAUCCAACUUUACUUCUAAACAUUCCUCGGAGGAAAACUCAGACACAUGUUCUGAUGGACGUCGAGCACGAAAACAAAUUAAGGGGGGAUUUCUAUUUUUCUACACAGGUUUAAUGGUUACACAGUCAGCACAGAGAAACGUUUUGAUCACAGGGAUGUGAACGAGCUUCUCAGGUCAUAAAACUCCUCAGGGUGUAAAAUAACCACAGGUAGUGACGAGAAAAUGAACAUGUAGAUAGUUUGGAGAUCCUUCACACAGAGUGGUGUGUGUAUAUAUGAGCAACACUGGCUGUGUUUGUAUAUUGUGAUUAAUCUGAUCAGUUUUCAGUAAGUUAUUGCUUUAAGUGUUGAACAGUUCUCAGAAGUUUUGGAGAGAAAACGUUGGUGACGACAAAAUGCUGGAGGAUUCUCUGUGUGCAGGACUCCCAUGUUUCUCUGUCAGAUAAAGACUCGUCAGCACAAUUCAUUAUCCUCUUUCUGUCGUGUGUUACAAGCAAAGCACAAGGGAUUUUUUUCAUUCCUGCCUUACCUUGUCAACUCUGGAUGCACUGCUGCUGUUUUAGUCGAUCAGUGAUCUAAAUAUAGAAACUGGUUUUUGCUGGAAAAAGGGAACAAAUAAUAAAAUAAUGGAGCUUGAUUGUUAUUGAAUUUGAUGCACAAGCUAUUUGGUGCUAGUUACUCUGCUGUUUGAGAAGUGAUGCAUCAGGAAUUAAGUCGUAAUCACUGGAGAACAGAGACAGAAAUGAAACUGUUGUGAUGUCGUGUCUCAGUUUUAUCACGAACCACUGUUUGUUUUCUGCCUUUUCACAAACUUCACUUUUUAAUGUUACGUAUGAUUGUCUAGACUUUAAACACAGUAUUGUUGUGUAGAAACCUAACGUUGAUUAAACACCUGCAGGAGCAGAACAAAGCGAAGAGUCGGACAGAGGAUCAUCACCGACUCCUGUUCUCUGCUUUUAGUUUGAGCUAAAGAAGAUCAUUUCUUCAGUAAGACAUAUCAGGAGCUGAUUUGUGCUGUGAUUUCAUUUCUUUACUUGUUUGAGAGUAAAUGAUGUUUCAGUGGUGCAGCCAGUUCAUUAGUUUUAUUUAAUGAGUGAAUCACUUACAAUGUGUAAAUCCUACUGAAACAUGUGCAGUGCAUGGAGUCAUCCUUUCUCAAGUGUUACCACUGUUCAAGCUGCUCCAGUGUUUAAUUUAUUCCUUCUCAUAGUUCAUCUCCAGCAGAUCAAACAUCAGGGGUUUCCUGUUUUUUACUCGCAGGUAUUUUGAGAUUUGGGUUCGUGUUUUAUAACGUGUGUGGUCUAAUAUCUAAUAUCUAAUUUGAAAUGUUUAAAUAUAGACAGUCAUCGGCGUCAAUGUUAAACUGUGAUUCCUGCAGAAAUGAACAAAGAAAUGAGCAAAGGAAAUCAUUUGUGAGCAGCAGGCAGAGCUCAGACUGGGACUGAUAAAGAUCCAGAUUCACAGUGAACACCUGGUUCAUCUGCAUCUUCUCUGUGCAGUCAGACUCUGCUGUUCACUCUGCUCACAGCUCUCUCCCUGUGUGAGGCCUGAUGUGUUUCUGAAGAAUCUCUGCCUGAACGUAUAACUGAUGUUUGAGAUCACUGAUGUUUGGUUUGUGUAUUUUAUUUGGUUUUGUUUGCUUGUCUAAUAAAAACAUAAAAACAAAGGAA